UUGCCAAAACCCGAGGCAAGCACACUCCCCAUGCUGGUGGAGACAGACUUCAAGUGUCUGAAGACUGGGCCUCCACAGGGGCCUUAGGAAGGCAGAGGAGGGGGAGGCUCUUGGAGACUGGAGAGAACAGAGCAGUGGAGCCAAGGUCCUGUGGCCGCCUGAGGCGGGAAGGACACAGGACUCGAGCCUUCCUUCUCCGGGUGCGGCACAACCCUGGGGGUGUCGAUAUGUAGACCGGUGCCCCUCGAUACGGGUCUGGGCCAAGGGCAAAGCACGGGAGGGACAGUGUGCCGAUCUUGGAGGAAGGUGGGCGAGAACUCAGCGCUGAGGCCCAGGGUCUACCCCAGACAUGUCCAAAGCCGGCCAGCUCCAGCCCCCCGGCUCUGCUGGAACUGCAGAGGUCUUGUGCGAUAAAAGGACACAGACGGGGGUAACUGACACGUCAGGCAGAACAGUCCCAGGAGAAACCCCGACUCCGGGCGCGACCGCAGGGGACCCCACCAUCCAGAACCGAGUCUGGCCUCUCUGCCGCCCCCGUGUGGCCACCUCUGGAAAUGAAGUCAGAGCUCGAGUCGGCCGGGGUGGAGCCGUCUAGGACUGGCUGAUGUCCAUGCACUUGACCCACCAUGGUGACCCCAGCCUCUAGCCUCAGCCUUCCCGUCCGUAGAACUGGGGCCUGGAACCUUCCCAGACCUUCCCUGCUUGUCCUGCGUUCCCGGGUCCCUGACUCUCUGCCUCCUGCGGAGUGGAGGUCGGGCUGGGAAAGCCCCCCGGGAAACUCCCACGGAGUAGGGAGAAGGGGGAGGAGAGGCAGGGUCUCAAGACGGCGGGAAGCCGCCAGCCCGCUGCUAUUUAAACCGCUUCCCUUGGCGGUCACCAGACAGAGGGACGACAUGGAGUGCAGCCUGGUCCUCCUGCUGGCCCUGGCCAUGGCGCCCUUCCAGCUUGGCGGUGGCCAGUCCCUCCAUGUGGAUCCCCCUGAUCCUGUGGUGGCUGUGGCCAAAGACACAUCCCUCCGGCUCAACUGCAGCCUGCCCUGUGACGAGGGUGUCGCCCAGGUGCAGUGGCGUGGCCUGGACACCCACCUGGGCAAUGUGCAGAACCUCCCGGGCAGCAGCAUCCUCUCCAUACAUGGCCUGCUGACAGACGCUGGCACACGUUUGUGUGUGGGCUCCUGUGGGGGCCGAAGCUUCCAGCACUCUGUGCAGAUCGUGGUGUACGCCUUCCCAGACCAGCUGGUGGUGUCUUGGUCAGGACAGGACCAAGAGGUGUCCUGCACGGCCCACAACAUCUGGCCCCCAGACCCAGACAUCCUCUCCUUCACCCUGCUACUGGGAAACCAGAGACUGGAGGGGGCCCGGGUCCUGGAAUCAGAGCAAGAGGAGGAGACGCAGGAGGCCGAGGGCACGCCGCUGCUCCGAGCGACACAGCGCUGGAUGCUGCCCGCCCUGGAGACCCCUGCCCCCCCUGCCCUCUACUGCCAGGUCACCAUGCAGCUGCCCAAUCUGGUGCUAACCCACAAGAAGGGAGUUCCAGUCCUACAGAGCCGGACCUCACCAGAGCCCCCCAACACCACCUCUGCCAAGCCCUACAUCCUGACCUCAUCACACACGACUGAGGCCAGCUCCACUGGGCUCCCCAACAGCACAACCCUGCCGUCUACCCCUCCUCGUUCCACACUUAGCCCCAGGACUCUGAGCUCCGCUGGAACUUGCUCUCCCGAGAUCCACCAGGACCAGGAGGCAGUCUGGCAGCUACUCUGUGAAGCAUCCUGUGGGCCUGGAGUGACUGUGCGCUGGCUCCUGGCUCCUGGCAACCUGGCAGCCUACCACAAGAGGGAGGCCGGGGCUCAGGCAUGGCUAAGCGUGCCUCCCCCAGGUCCCAUUCCUGAGGGCUGGUUCCAGUGCCGCCUGGACCCCGGGGGGCAGGUAGCCAGUCUGUAUGUCUCCAGUCAGGUGUUCCCAAAACCCUCCUCCGGCAUCACCCUGUGGGUUGGCAGCUUGGUCCUGGGGCUGCUCGCGCUGGCCUUCCUCGCCUACCGCCUGUGGAAACGCUGCGGGCCGCGUGUUCCCCCAGACUCCAGCUCAUGCACACUCCUGUGAAGCUGGGUUUGGGGCAG